UUUGUCGGUAUCUUCACAACGUACAAUAAAGCAUAAAUUGGAAAGGCUGAGCAGGGUGUUUAUAAAGCUGUUUUGCAGUUAAGACCACAGGAUAGGCCAGCAGAGCAAGCGUGCGUGCACCCAGGCAACUGCUCUCAUAGCAGAAAAUGAGGCGCAUUAUGUUUAGGAGGCCGCCGGUCAGGAGCAGCGAGGACAAUGCAGACCCAGGCGACGACCCAGCAGGACAGCAGCCGGGCGCAGGAGAGCGGCAAAAUGUAGAGCCUGGUGUGCAUGACGCGACUGAAGCUAUACUGGUUGAGGCAGGAGUUCGCGAGACUGAAAGCGACGACGAUGAUGACGAUGACUAUAACGAUGAGGGCGCUGAGGAGGACGAUGACGGCGACGAUGACAUCAAUGACGAUGAUGAUGGUUUGGAUGGUGAAGACGAGGUUAUCGGCGUGGAGCAGGGUGACUUCGACGACGGGAUGGAGGAGGAGGAUGUCGGGGAAAUUGAGAGCUUUAAUGAGGACCAGGAGGAGGAGGACGACGAGGAUGAGCCGCAUUUGCGGCGCCCGCUGUCCAUUCAGGAAUUCCUGGCGUGGCGUCUGCUGGGUCGACUGCCUGAGAGCUCACGGACCCUCCGGCACGGGCGCGACAUGUACGCCAGCUACGAGGAGGCGGUGCCGCAGUCGCUGACCCGUGGGUCACUCUGGCAGCAGACCAUGCUGGCCACCUCGGCAACCCUGCCGGCGGCUCGCAACGCCGCCGCACACUUUGAUACAAGUCUGGACGUGUCGGCGGACUGCGCCCUACUCGCCUCACGUACGGCACCGUACGGCCGAGAAGUACGACAGCGCCUGCUGCAAGCGGUCCACUUGAACCCGCUCCUCGCCGCACCCGCCGCCUGCAGCCUGCUGGGGCCCCGACAACAGCAACAACAGCAACAGCAGCAACAGCAGCAGCAGCAGCAGCAGCAGCAGCAGCAGCAGCAACAACAACCCGAGCAGCAACCCCAGCAGCAGCCACCCCACCCCUCCACCGCACCCUCAGGGAACCCCAGCAAACCCUCCACCUCACCCUCCUCCCUAACAAACGCCGCCACCCUCCUUAACGCAACCCACCCCGACCCCCGCCCCUCCACCUCCUUCUUCGGCCGCAUGCGCCGCCGCCCCCGAGAGAGUGACGGGGACGGGGACGGGGACGGCGGAGGUGGCGGAGGAGAUGAUGGCGCGUGGGGAGCAGCACUGGAGCCCGCUGCACCCACAGCACCCGCAGCAGCAGCAGCAGCAGGAGUAGGAGUAGGAAUGGGAGGAGCAGGAGGGCCGAGCGCUAGCGCUGCCCCCACCGCCACUGCUGCCCAUCCCUUCCCCUACCCCUACCCCUCCUGCUUUCCCUCCUGCUUCCCCCCCAUCGCCGUCCCCCCGGGUUACCUAAGCGGGUGUGCAGCGGUGUCCGGGCCCCGGCUGCUGCUGCGUCGGGAGCUGGGGGAGGGCGGGGCGGGGCUGGGGGGCGGCAUGGCGGGAGGGGGAGGCGGGGGCGGGGGGUGGAGCGGCGCGCAGAUGCGGCACAUGGCGUGCCACCGGGGCCUGCCGCGCUACCCGCGUGCCGUGGUGGACUGCCUGCCCAGCCGCGCCUACAUCGGGCAGUUCUCGGAGGACGGGAACUUCUUCGUGGCAGCGUUCCAGGACCGGCGGGUGCGGCUGUACGAUGUGGAGCGGGGCUGGCGGCUGCGCAAGGACAUCACCACUCGCAUGUGCAGGUGGACCAUCACCGACACCUCCAUCUCGCCCGACCAGCGCUUCGUCAUCUACUCCUCCAUUGUGCCUGUCGUACACCUGGUGGAGGUGGGCAGUGUGUACGACAGCGUUUCCUCCAUCGCCAACAUUACCCAGAUCCACGAGCCACUUAACUUCGAUGACACCGUCAGCCCGCGUGGGGGGGACUUCAGGCUGGGGCGCAGCUUCGGGAUAUGGUCUGUUCAGUGGUCAGGCGACGGGCGGGAGAUUGUGGCGGGGACCAACGACCAGUCGGUGGUGGUGUUGGAUGUGGAGACCAAGAGGGUAGUGGCGCGGGCGGAGGGACAUGCGGACGAUGUGAAUGCGGUCACCUACGCGGACUGCUGCUCACCCAACAUCAUCGUAAGCGGCAGUGACGACACGAGGAUCAAGGUGUGGGACCGACGCACCAUGCCCGCACCGCCCCCUCCCCCCUCGGACGGAGGCACCUCCUCGCCGCCACAGCUGCCCGUCUCGCGACCCGCGGGUGUGCUGGUGGGCCACACGGAGGGGGUCACGCACCUUCACUCCCGGGGUGAUGGCCGCUUCGUGCUGUCCAACGCCAAGGACCAGACAGCCAAGAUCUGGGACCUCAGAAGCAUGCAGUCCGGUGGCUCCCUGCGCGACCCCGCCCUCGCCUCCCGCCUCUCCUCCCGACAUGUGCCGCAAUUCAACUGGGACUAUAGGUGGCAGGCCUACCCGGCUUCCGGCCGAGUUGUACGGCACCCCCACGACUCCUCCCUCCUCACCCUGCGCGGCCACACCGUGCAACACACCCUCAUCCGCGCCUACUUCAGCCCUGCGCAUACCACCGGGCAGCGCUACGUGUACACGGGCAGUGUGGAGGGGGGCGUGCAUGUGUAUGACACGCUGACGGGGCAGCAAGUGGAGGGCAGUCCGUUCGGCGGGCUACACAGCCGACUGGUGCGGGACGUGAGCUGGCACCCCUUCCUGCCGGAGAUGGCAACCGUGAGCUGGGAUGGCACGGUGGCGCGCUGGGACGCCGCGCCCCCGCCCCCCGGCUCCCGGGCCCCCGUGGCACCACCCCUGGAUGCAUAUCAGGAGGACCUCUUCUGAGGGGGACCGCCUUUUGAGGGGGAGGGGGGAGCAGGAGGGGCAGGAGGGGGGAGCAGGAGGGUUCCGGAGGUCCUGGGCGGGCAGGGUGAGGGGCGCAGGAUGGAGGAGGGGUGUGACUAUCUAAGAGCUUGCAGGAUGUUUGGAACGAGUCCAAAAAGACAAACGCACUGUAGGUCUGUAGCAGUGGCAGUAGAGCAGUAGUAGCAGGUUGGUGGCGGCUGGUGAUGUAAGUGGUGGGAGGUUAACGCAGUUCACCGUCGCGAUGGUGGUGUUGUGGGUGCUGUGACGGGGUAGUGGCCCCGAACAGCGGAGUGUUUGCUGCUUGCCGGAGGAUUAGCGCUAGAUGCUGAUAGGCGCUGCAAGUGUACCGUAUGGUGGAAAUUCGUCUGUACAUGCGUACCGGUAUGUGUGUGUAUACCUGACAUGCGCUCCAUGGGUUGUUGUACACUGUUGUACUUUAUAAGCUGUCUGUAGUACAUGCCGUACGCGGACCUGUAACCCGCUAAAGUCAUGCGCAUUUGCAUGUUUGGGGGGCGUUGUGCUGAUGGAGAAAAUGGAUACUGCAAUCUGCUGCAAUGAGGAUAUUAUUGCCGCCCGGAAUUGUAACGGCACUUGGUCAUUUCCAUGCCCUCCGUUGUGACCCGUGGGUCAGCUGUACGCAAAGACGAUCAAUGUAAACAGUCGCUUCGAA